AGGGUGAAAGGAGCGAGAGCGGGAGGAUUUUUUGUGUCGUUGCAGUUGGAGACAGACAGGAAAGAUUGUGAGGGGCGCGGAAAAUCAUUUCUGGAUUUGCUGUUGAGGCGGGAGUUCUUCUUUGCGGCUUGGCUUCGAAUUGGCUGUUAUUCCGGAAGUUGGGUUUCUGAAACAGUUAGGAGUUUCAUCUUGUGGUGGAAUAAGAUGGCGUUGGGAAGAAGUUGGAGUUUUGCAGAAUAUGGCCAGGAAUGUUUGAAGUCUUCGUCGGAUUUCCUGGAAGUGGGGAGCCAGGACGACGGAUUGGAACUGACUUUGUGCAUGCGAGCAAUUGGAAGGAAGAGAAUUAUCGUCCCAAACCGAUCCGAGUUACCGCCUAUGAGUUGUCUCCGCGAAUUCCGACCCGCAAAACGCCGGAAUUCAAAUGCGAACCUGGUUUCAACGGACCCAUCGAGAAAUUUGCAUCUUGAGGCUCUUCCUCUGGACAUCCUGGUGAGAAUAUUAUGUGGCGUGGACCAUGAAGAUUUAAAGCAGUUGUAUCUUGUCUCUAAGACAAUUAAAGCAGCCGCUAUGGUUGCUAAGGAUUAUCAUUUUGCAUUUAGCACUCCAAAAGCUACGCGUUCAAGAUCAGUAGCGCUGGAUUCCUCAGAAGUCUCAAGUAUUUCGGCUGAAGGCAAUACUGAAGCACCAAAUGCUCCAUUGCGUCAUCGAUACGCGAAAGCGCGAUCUGGCAAGAAAUUUGCUGAAAUUUCAGUGAACUUGUUCUGCUCCGCGGCUGAGGAUUAAUGAAGAGUGCUGCUUUUAGUUGAAGGCUUGAAGCUAGUUUCUCUUUUUUUCUCUCUCUUGUAACGAUAUGUAAAUACGGACACGGCUGAUGCUCUGUACAUAUGUUCGUUUGCAAUUCUUUGGUCACGGUGGCCUUGUCCCUCAAUCUUCUCAGUUGAGGGAUGAACACCAUUGCAUUAGGCAAAACUUCAGUUACAAUUACGGUCUUUCUAGAUAUUGGUCUUCUCCAUUCACUAGGCAAUAACGAGUAAACAGCUAUUUCUGCAUAUGGCUGUUAUGUAUAUCAGUCCGAUUACCUGAAAAGUUGUUUUUUCAGUUUUAUGUAAUUUUAUUACCUUCGUACACAUUCAUGUUGUAGCUUUUUAAGUGGUCAAUAGAACAGCUUUUAUUUA